ACAAACCUUCCAGAACAAUGGUUUCUACCACGCUUCCCAGCGACAUUUCCGAUCGUUUGACGGAAGCCGUUGGUAAAUUCGAGGUUUCUAAGGAUGUGAUGAUUAAGGUUAAGGACGACUUCCUGGACGAGAUGAAGCUCGGUUGGGAGGCCGGUCAGGGUGCUGGUGCCCCUCCUGAGGCAUCUAGCGUCAAGAUGCUUACCUCUCACAUUAAUGUGCUCCCUCGUGGUCAUGAGGCUGGCAUCUACUACGCCCUUGAUCUUGGUGGAACCAAUCUACGAGUUCUCCGUGUUGUGCUUAGCAGUGAGAAGCAACCUGAGAUUGCCGAGAACAGGAAGCCCAUCCCUCAUGAUGUUAUGGGUGGUACUGCUGAGGAUCUCUUUGGUUUUAUUGCCGCUACCGCCAAGGAGCUCACUGACAAAUUCCAUGAUGAUGAUCUUAUGCCUGCUGGUUUCACUUUUUCUUUCCCCAUGAGCCAGUCUGCUAUCAACCAUGGCAAGGUGAUCGAGUGGACUAAGGGUUUCUCCGCUACUGGUGUUGUUGGAGAGGACCCUGCUGAGUUGCUCAAUAAGGCCUUCAAGGAGCAGGGUGUUCCGAUUUAUGUUGCUGCUCUGUGUAACGAUACUGUCGGCACCCUCAUGACUUGCUCCUACGAGUUCGAAGGUUGUGGUACUUGCAGAGUUGGUAUGAUCAUUGGUACCGGUACCAAUGCUGCUUACUCGGACCCUACUCUUGGCAAUCUGGUCAUUAACUGUGAGUGGGGUGGAUACAACUUCAAGGAGGUUCCUUCAGUUCUCAACUGCUAUGAUGAAGAUGUAGACAGGGCUUCCCCCAACAAGGGUAGGCAGUAUUUCGAGAAGACGAUCUCCGGUAUGUACUUGGGCGAGUUGACCCGUUUGGCCACCCGUGAUGUCCUCAAGGGCUAUUCAGCUCAUUUGCCUGACUUCCUCAACGAGUCGGGCCUCGAUACGAAGUACGUGUGCGCCGCUUUGGAAGGCGAUAACCUCGGUUGCGAUGAUGAGGUUAUCAUGACUGUUUUCCGUGGCAUUGGUGAAGCUGUUCUUGAGCGUAGUGCUCGCCUUUGUGCGUCUGCGCUUUCGGCUCUUGCUCAGAAGUGCGAUAUCAUGGACAAUGAGAAGCGUCACAUGCGUGAGGUUUGCAUUGUUCAUGGCAUGCCUCGGUCUUUGACUAUUGGUGUUGAUGGUUCCCUCUAUCAGAAGGGUUAUCGUUAUCCUCAGCGUUUGGAUGAUGCCUUUGCUAUGAUCAUUGGUAAAUCAGCCGCUUCUUUAGUUCACACUGUUCACAGUAGCGAUGGCUCUGGUGUUGGGGCUGCCCUUGUUGCCGCUGCCGUCUCUCGAUAAGUUGUUGUUGUUGCGAGUGGUCGAUUACUGUCAAUGAGUUAAUGCUGUUGUACCCUUGUUGUAAUUUAUCUACUUAUACUCGGUAGUUCUACCAUCAUGGUUAUUGUCGGAUGUGUGCCUUAUCUAAUAAGCUUUUAUGGCGAUGGUUAAGUUACCUGCCUACUGCACUUAGUUCGUUCCUUUGAGAGAUACCGAUGCUGCUUCCACUACUGUUAAUAACUUACAUAACAUCGGCCCUUCUCCUGGUGAUUGGGCAUCUGAUAUUCUUGUUUGUUUAUAGUGAAGAGUCGUGUAAGUAUUGCCACUGCUACUACCACUACUGCUUCUGCGAUCCUUCUCAAGACGUCACUUCAUCGUUAGUUAUCGUCUAGCGUGAAUGAUGUCAUUAGAGACCGUACAUUCAUCAUUAUCUUACAACG